CGCGCGGCGCAUGCGCGCUGCAUUGUUUUGACUGAAAAUGCCGUCGGUUUCGAAAGCUGCGGCGGCGGCGCUGAGCGGGUCCCCCCCGCAGACUGAGAAGCCGACCCACUACAGGUAUCUAAAGGAGUUUAGGACAGAGCAGUGCUCCCUGUUUGUGCAGCACAAGUGCACCCAGCACAGGCCAUUUACCUGUUUCCAUUGGCAUUUCCUAAAUCAGCGUCGGCGCAGACCGCUCCGCAGGCGCGACGGCACCUUCAACUACAGCCCGGACGUGUACUGCUCCAAGUACGACGAGGCCAGCGGCGUGUGCCCCGACGGCGACGAGUGUCCGUACCUGCACCGGACGACCGGAGACACGGAGCGCAAGUACCACCUGCGCUACUAUAAGACAGGCACGUGCAUCCACGAGACGGACGCGCGGGGCCACUGCGUGAAGAACGGGCUGCACUGCGCCUUCGCACAUGGCCCCCUGGACCUGCGGCCGCCUGUGUGCGACAUCAGGGAGCUGCAGGCCCAGGAAGCCUUGCAGAACGGCCAGCUCGGCGGUGGGGGCGGCAUCCCUGAUCUGCAGCCCGGUGUCUUGGCCAGCCAGGCUAUGAUUGAGAAGAUCCUGGGCGAGGACCCCAGAUGGCAAGACACCAACUUUGUGCUGGGCAGCUACAAGACCGAGCAGUGCCCAAAGCCGCCGCGCCUGUGUCGCCAGGGCUACGCGUGUCCCCACUACCACAACAGCAGGGACAGACGGCGGAACCCCAGGAGGUUCCAGUACAGGUCCACUCCGUGCCCCAGUGUGAAGCAUGGCGAUGAGUGGGGCGAGCCCUCGAGGUGUGACAGUGGGGACAGCUGUCAGUACUGCCAUUCCCGCACAGAGCAGCAGUUCCAUCCCGAGAUCUACAAGUCUACAAAGUGCAAUGACAUGCGCCAAACUGGCUACUGCCCUCGGGGUCCUUUCUGUGCCUUCGCACAUGUGGAAAAGAGCCUGGGAAUGGGCAACGACUGGGGCUGCCGAGACCUCACCCCAACCAGCAGCUCCUCGGCCGGUAGCAGCCAGCCUGGAAACGCAAAGCGGAGGGACUCGCCUGCCGAAGGCAGCCAGAAAGCCAGCGAGCACGACAGUAAGCAGAACCACCUGGCGGUGUUUGCAGUGGUUCAUCCACUCGCUCCCAGCGUGAGCUCCAGUGUGGCGUCCAGCCUGGCGUCCAGUGCUGGCUCCGGCGGCUCCUCCCCCACUGCGCUGCCCGCACUCUCGGCCCGUGCCCACCCACUCGACCCCACCGGUGGUGCCCUGGAGUCCGUCCCAGGCUCUGCUUUAGAUCUCCAUCUUAGUGAUGUAAACUUCACCCCCCUGGAUAAGGAGCUGGAUGAGCAGGACGGCAGUGACCUGGGACCCACAGGUCAGAGGUUGCCGGGGGGCUCGGCGCCCGUCACCAUCCCGGGCUGCCUGGCCCGCUCCCCAUCCCUGCACUCCUCGUCGUCCCUGUCCACCUCCCCACUCAGCUCGCUCUCCCAGUCCCUGUCGGGACCACUGGUCUCCUCGGCCAUGACGCCCCCCCAGCAGCCGCCACCCCUCAAGUCGGAGCCCAGGGUGCUGGGCUCCUCGGCCUCGUCCUACAACUCCCUAGGCUUGAAUGGCGUCCCCGGGAGCAUCUGGGACUUUGUUUCUGGCAGCUUCUCUCCCAGCCCAUCCCCCAUUCUGAAUGCUGGCCCUGCGUCCUCUGCAAGCGCAAGUCCAAAUGGUGCUGAACUGGCUCGGGUCAGGCGGCAGCUGGACGAGGCCAAGAGGAAGAUCAGGCAGUGGGAAGAGUCCUGGCAGCAGGUGAAGCAGGCUUGCGACGCGUGGCAGCAGGAGGCCAAGGAGGCGAAGGAACGUGCGCUGGCAGCCGACAGCGCCCGGCAGCUGGCGCUGCAGAAGAAGGAGGAGGUGGAAGCCCAGUUUAGACAGCUGCAGGAGGAGCUGGAGGGCCGGGGCGUGUCCGCGCUCCCCGGGCUGCAGGGCUGCCGUGACAUUGGCGCCAUCCCGCUGCCCAAACUGCAUUCGCUGCAGAGUCAGUUGCGCCUGGAUUUGGAGGCGGUAGACGGGGUGAUCUUCCAGCUCCGAGCAAAGCAGUGUGUGGUGUGCGGGGAGCGGGCCCGCGGCGCCGUCCUGCGGCCCUGCCAACACCGUGUGCUCUGUGAGCCCUGCGCAGCAGGCGCGCCCGAGUGCCCCUACUGCGAGGGCCAGCCCCUCCAGUGGUGACGGCGGCCACACUUCCUGGUGCCACCAACAUCGGGACCCGGCCCUGAGCUGCACCCUCGGUUUCAUGGUAUUCUUCUCGCAGACCUUAAAGGCAAACCCACACACCCACCGCGUGGGGUCUGGGCGGGCACGGUAAUUACAAGGGUUUGCGGUCCUGACACUACUGUGACCACAUUCUGGGAGUUCGGGUCCCGGCCAAGCACUUUGUUAACCGAAGAAUUUAGAUGGACGGUCUAAGUUGCUAUAAGCUGCUUUCUAGGUUCAUGUUUUUUUAAUAUGCGAUAAUAUGAAGCUUUAUAUGUGUACUGUGAACUUAAAAUAUUUCCUAUCAGUUUAUUGUUAAUUCAUAGUAUGGUAAAUAUAUUAGAUUUCAUAUUCUGAAAUUAGUACUUAUGAAAUGAGCAUUUAUCUAGUAGUGAAAAAUGCCUAGGAUUUUUACAGGUUUCAAAUUAAGUGCAAACAAAUAGUAUUUAUAGCAGAGUGAUUAUUGAAAGACAUACAUUUAGAUGUUUCUAAUUUUAGAAAAGGAACUCUCCCUAAACUCGUGCAUGUGCACACUAAUUGGAGUUUUAUAGCCUGACGCCGUGAGGUGAGAGAACUUGAUCACACAUCCAGGACCCGUGAACACUUUUUCUAAGUGCCUGUGCCUUGCAAAAGAAGUGAAGAAAACGGCCCAUUCGGUUUCUCCCUUGAAACUUUGUAAGACAAUUGAUACUAGUGAAAGGUGCAGCUGAGGGGGAUGUUAAAUUUUAGAGCCGUGUUCUGUGCGUCUGCCAGGCAGCGGUGCCCCCUACCUUCCUACAGCUGGCUGCCGGGUGUCCCAGCUGGCCCGUGGUCCCUCCCUGCUCCUGGGACCACCAGGACUCCUGCCCACGUGGGACAGGCUCACCAAGCUUUGAUGUGUUCGACUUUAGGGCGACAUGUCUAGCCAGCCCUGUCGCCUGAUCUGUGCAUCCAUGUAUUAUGUCAUCUGUGUGACCACAGGUCAAGGACAUGAACACUGUGCCUGGACGAGGGGCCGCCCCGAGGACCUGGCUCUGCUGUGGGUCCCUCGGGCCUCAAGUGGCAACCUGGCUUUAAGGCCGGGGCACAGAUACUCCUGAGAAUGGGUCUGAUUUUAAUGAUGACAAGAAAACUACUCUGGUUUGCAGUGGGUCGUUUUUCCUAGAAAUCUGGGAAGAAGUAAAAUAUGUCUGUAGUUUACCCAACCUUGGCUCUCGGCAAAGCAGAUCUCAAUUGCCGUGAGAAAAAUCUUUCCAGAGCCUGCCGCUGGGGGUGGGAGCAGAUACCGGCCCCUCUGGCUGGACGUGAACACACGUAUUUCUACUCGCCUCCGGCUUUGCCAAAGACUUUUAAUAGCAUUUUUUAAAGUGCAAAGUGACUAGGUAAAAAUUUUUAUCAGUGACCAAAUUAGAAUGUAUUUACUAUAGUAAGAAGUUUAAACCGUUUUUUAAUGUAAGACAAACUGUUAGAAAAGUUGUCAUUUUAAAGGUGGAUCCAUGACAUUCCGCAGCUAGCCCGCUACUUAAAGGUAACUAUUGACUUGGUUUUAGUGAAUCUACAUUGUUUUUAAUUAUAGUGAUUUAUUAGCUCUUAGAAAUUACGUAUAUUUUGUGCUACUGUUAUCACUGUUUAAAAUUAUUUUUAUUAAUAUUUAUGUACUUGUUUUCCAUUUCAGGCCUCUGGCCUUUUUUGGGAUAACAGGACAGUGUUUAUGACUGAUAUCUAGCCUAGACAUUUUCAAAUUAUAAACAAUUAAGAACAAUUAAGCUUUAGGUCUAUUUAUAAGCUACUCUGGUCAGUUCUUUCUGUGGAGUUUGGGGGACUGGAGGUGCAGUGCUCACAGCUGGGGCAGGGGGCGUAGCCCCUGAGCACUCACCCUUCUCAUCAGGUCAAGGACUGGCUCUGAGGACAGGUGUGCGGUGGGAAGACCAAAGAACCACCCAGAGUAGAACUCCCGAGGUGCCCGGGCACUUUAGGGCUGCUCCGUAAGGUCCUCCCCACCCCUGCAGUGGCCCUGGUCCUCCGAGGGAGCCGCCCUUUGCAGGCCUCACAAGCUGAGCUGGGGACAGGCUCGGCCUCUCAGGGUCACCGUCCCAUCUGUGGGUGAGGAGGGGGGAGUGCUGGGUGCAGCAGCAGAAGCCGGGUGGUGUUCAGCGGCGGCUCUCAGCUCUACUGUUCAAUAUUAGCGGUAAUAUAUCAUCACACCAUUCAUGUAACUGGUCAGCAGACCUCAACUCAGUGUGGACGCUUUAUGUGGAUUAAUUUAUGGAAGCUCCCAAUCUGUAUGUUUGUUUUGAGUAUUUAGAUGAAAAUGUUAUUGGAAUGGAAUUUUCUUAACCCAGAAGGUAGUAUUUAUAAUGCAUAAUCAUUUACUUGUAGUGAACUGUUUAAAGUUGUUAACACUUGUUUAAAUUUUUUUACACUAUAGCAUUUAUGCAAUGGUUUACAGAAUUCAUGGAAUUAUUUUUAUCAGUAUGGGAAUUAAUUAAAACUUUGAAUCUUUA